UCAAUCUAAUUCUCUUUCUCAUCUUUACAUUUUACGAUUUCUGUGUGGAGCGGCCGCCUUAGCAAUACUGUGGUGUGACCCGUGAGCUUCAUCAUCCCCAGUUUUGCUGCCAUUUUCCAUCCGCUUUUUUCCUGACCGUUUUGUUUCUUCUAACGCCCAUUAACGGAUUUCAAGUCCCAAGAGCAGGAAUGGUCUUGAUUACGACUCGUAAUUCCAGACUCUCUGCCGUUUCCACUUCACUAAUCCUUCCACAUAGUGGCUUCCGAUGGUCUUCAAUCUCCCCCAGAAAUCUUCCCUUCCCAUUUGUCGAGCAUCGACUUCCUUCCACGUCGAACAAUCCCCUAUUACUUCAUGCCAGAAAGAGAAAUUCAGAAUCAGAGCCAGUUCUCAAACGAAACAUCGUCGAGGAAGUGUCGGAGGACGAAGAAGACGACGUCCUUCUCGACGAACUUGAAGAAGAUGAGAUAAUGGAAGAUGAUGGCGAAGAUUACUUUGAAGAAAAGUAUAUGGAGGGUAAUGCUGAAGUCUACGAAGGGGAUGGCGGGGAAGGAGGUGGAAUUUCCCUUGCUGGGACAUGGUGGGAUAAAGAAGCACUGGCUAUAGCUGAAGAGGUUAUUCUUUCAUUUCAUGGCGAUUUGAAGAUUUAUGCUUUCAAAACAGUCUCUAAUUCCACUGUUCAAGUGCGGAUUGAAAAGCUUUCUAACAAAUCAGGUUCCCCCAGUAUGGAAGAUAUCGAGGCCUUUUCUACAACAUAUCGAGCACGAUUGGAUGAGGCAGAGCUUGCUAAAUCUGUGCCAGAGAACUUAUCUUUAGAGGUCUCAUCUCCUGGUGUUGAACGGGUUGUUCAAAUUCCUGACGAGCUGGAUCGGUUCAAAGAGAGGGCAAUGUAUGUGAAAUACACAAAUGAUGUAGCUACAGCCAGUUCGUCCUCUGAGAGUGAUGGCAUUUUCAAGCUUGUGUCAUUCGACAUAGAAGCAAAGUACUGCACUUGGGGUUUAGCAGACGUGAAGAUAAAUAGAGAAAAGGCGGGAAAAGGAAGGCCUCUAAGCAAAAAGCAAAGAGACUGGCGUUUAGAGACUCCUUUUGAUUCAUUACGUUUGGUUAGGCUGUAUUCUGAUUGCUGAUAAUGCAAUCAAAUUUUGGUUGGAAUUCACCUUCCCCUCAAUCCAAGGUGUAUAGUAAAUCCACAUCUGUUGAUUCUAAGAUUGAAAAUUUGCGUCUCAAUUUUGGAAGUCUUUGGCUCACACUUGGUGAUCAAGAAGUUUAGCCUUGGUAUAGGAGUUUGCUAACUUUAGUUUGUUUUUCUCAUGGAGUAUUAAUCUAUGUCCUACAAACUCUGACAUAUGAAAUCCAAUCUUUUAUACCAUCACUUUUAUGUGUGAACAUAACAUAACGAUGGUGUUUGAAACUGAA